AUGGCCGUCGAGAGCUUUCUGGACGUACGCACGGCGCCGGCGCUGAUGGGUGAAUCAUCACUGCUGACGAUGUCGACGGCCGAGAGGCGGGCGCAUAAAGACAGGUCUGGAGCCGUCUCGAAGCAGCGUCCAGGGGAGUCUCGAAGCGGAGUCGCGAUGGAUGUUCAAGAGAACCAGAAGGACUAUACCGCCUUGACGACCGCCCUCGAACUCAGAUUUGGAGAUGAACACCUCUGGCAAGUUUUCGGAGCGCAGCUUAAAUCUAGGAUUCAGAAGAGUAGUGAAUCUCUUCAGGAGUUUGCGGCACAUGUUAAACGUUUGGUACACCUCGCCUAUUCUGAAGCUCCGCAAGACUUUCAAGACAGACUGGUAGCAGAAACCUUCGUGAACGGGGUAAGAGAUAGUGACGUAAGAAGAGUCCUGCAGAUCUCCGGGUUCAAGAAACCAUCCGAGGCACUGAUUCGAGCGUUAGAAGUGGACGCCGCAUACAACAGCUCACCUCGUUCCAACGUUAAGAUACGAGGUAUCGGAGUUGAUGGCGAAGUAAACCCUAUUCAAGAGAGUUUCGACAAAAUGAGCGAGAACUUUGAGAAACUCGUCCGCGAAAUAAUUGCCGAAAUCAAGACGGGCAGUUCGAGACAACAUGGAGGGCGCCUAGAAUGUUACAGCGCCGAUGAGGAGAUCGCAGCCGCGACCUCCUCUACAUCAGGAGCAGGAAAACUAAAGGCAGUCGGUAACUCGGGGCGCGUACUGGCUGCUAAAAAAGAAGCCCCAACGACUAUAAUGGUUAGAAGUAUCGCGGGGAGCGUCGACAGUCCGACAAUCAGCGGAAAAAUCAAUGGACGGGAAUCGAAGAUCAUCAUCGACACAGGAGCCGAAGGGUCCCUUGCACGCAGAUCCAGGUUACAAAAUUCCCAGAUUAAAUCAGUAUGUACCGCCACGAAUGUAAAGACGGUCACGGGAGAAACAAUACCGGUUCUGGGUACAGCGGUGGUGAAUGUAGAGCUCGGUCGACUCCGAAUAAGAGUAGAGACGAACCCCGGAUACAGUUUGGGGAUGGUGCAGCCGGCAAGUGACUCGAUCCACAAGCUCCUGAUCGUGAGCACCCUAGUCAAAACCGACCGUGGCAUACCCUUACGUGUAGCAAACGUGUUUCCCAAUGCAGUCAAUAUUAGACAAGGGGAGAUUAUUGGAAUGUGUGAGCCAGUCGCCCGAGUGUUGAACUGCGAGGAAGAAGACGUUGAGAAUGAGUCUAAGGAAGGGUAUACCAAAGGCUUGGGGGUCAAGUGGGACCAGCUGUCUGUUCGUGAGAGAAAACUGGUCAAAGGACUCAUUCGUAGGCACCGUAAUGUCUUCGCCACAGAGGAGGAACCAUUCGGGAAGACCAACAUCGUAGAACACCGAAUAAACAAUGGUGACACGCAACCGAUCCGUCAGGCUACCCCUAGUCAAACAAGAAGAAGCUACAAGACUCGUGGAUAA